UCGUCGGGAUCAGUCAUGGAGAGAACGCCGAGCGCAUCGCACUUGCUGCUGCUGGCCGUCGUCGCAUGGGGUUGCUGCCUGGCUCUGGGAUCGGGACAGCUGCCAGAAGUGGAUCCGGCGACUGUCAAGGAUCUGGAGGAGCUGGGCGCCCACUACCUGCCCGCGGGCUACUCGAAGGCGAAUGUGUCGCUGGCGGACUUGCAGCGCCUGCUGCGCGCCAAAUGCGAGAAGGCCAACCAGGCGCUCCCCGCCGGCUCCGUGAACGCCACGGCUCUGGGAACGGCCAUCGAGCAGGCGGCCGGACAGCUGAUGGGCUGCAUUGGAGGACUGGCCAAUGUCACCGAGAUCCUGGACGAGAUAGAGAAGGCCAGCCCCAAGGGAGACCUGGACGUGGUCUUCGAGAAGUACUGUCUGCGCCUGCCGCAGGCGAAGACCUGCCUGCGGGAGUUCAAUGCCGUGCUGCAGCCGUGUCUCACCCGCGAAGAGCGCUCCCAUAAUGCCCUUAUGCAGCGCAUCAUGGACAAGCUGCUGGAGUUCGUCUGCUACAAGAACGGCGACCAGAUCGCCCUCUUCAUCGCCGAACAGGGUCCGGAGUGCCUGCAGGCGAGCCGCGACCACAUCGCCACCUGCCUCAACACCACAUUCGCCGGCUACCUGCCCCAGGUGGGACAGCUCUCGUCCUCCAACAUUGCCGACCUGCUGCCAGAGCUCGUCCUGGGUCCCCGCCAGUGCGUCGACCUCUACGACUUCGAAACCUGCACCGUCCGCCACCUGGAGCGCUGCGAAACCAUCACGCCCAGCAACAUUGUGGAGUCCAUGUUCCGCUACGUCCGCAAGGAGUCCAACUGCCAGCCGGCCAUCGAGCGGGUACUCCAGGAGCGGCAGCGGGCCCAGGCCCUUACGGCCCCAGACCCAGCCGCCGGGGGAGCCGCCUCGCUGGUGGCCUGGAGCCUCCUCCUUCUCCUACCGUUGGCGGCCGUCCUAUAAAAGGGCGGGCUCUACGUCCCACCCACCGAUUCUCCAUUCUGCGUGUGUGCCUGCUUUCCUUUAUCCUUUCUCUCUCGUUGUUUUUUUUUGUUUUUUGAUAUUUUAUAAUUAUGUUUAAUAAACUUUCCAAAGUCGAGCGUAAGCCGCUUAACGGA